CGGCCGGCGCGGUCCGGCGGGCGAGCCAUGGGGCCGGGGCGCCGGUGGGCGCUGGGCUGGGCGCUGGGGGGGCUGUGCCCGGCCCUGGCCGUGGCCUUCAACCUGGACGCGGCGCGGCCCACCCCCUACGCCGGCCCGCCGGGAAGCUACUUCGGCUUCGCCGUCGACUUCCACCGCCACCGCCCCGACGGGGUGAGCGUGCUGGUCGGCGCCCCCAAGGCCAACACGUCGCAGCCGGACAUCGUCCAGGGAGGAGCCGUGUACCUGUGUCCCUGGCCGGCCCGGGGGACCACCCCCUGCCACCAGGUCCCCUUCGACGGCACCAAUAACCGCAAGAUUAAGGUUAACGGGAGCAAGGAGCCCAUAGAGUUCAAAUCCAAUCAGUGGUUCGGGGCUACCGUGAAAGCUCACGAGGGAAAAGUGGUGGCCUGCGCCCCCCUGUACCAUUGGCGGACGCUGAAAGCCACCAGUGAGAAGGACCCCGUGGGCACCUGCUACGUGGCGAUCCAGAACUUCAGUACCUACGCCGAGUACUCCCCCUGCCGCAACAGCAACCCCGAUCCCGAAGGCCAAGGUUACUGCCAAGCCGGUUUCAGCGUGGAUUUCUACAAGAAUGGAGAUCUGAUUCUCGGCGGCCCGGGAAGUUUUUACUGGCAAGGUCAGGUGAUCACCACCAGCGUUGCUGACAUCGUCGCGGGUUACUCCUUCAAGAACAUCCUCCGGAAACUGAGCGGAGAAAAGCAAACCGACGUGGCGCCCGCAUCCUAUGACGACAGCUACCUGGGUUACUCGGUCGCUGCAGGAGAAUUUACUGGAGAUUCAGACCAAGAACUGGUCGCUGGCAUACCACGAGGAGCUCAGAACUUCGGUUCGGUUUCGAUUAUUAAUUCUACAGACUUGACCUUCAUUCAGAACUUUACCGGUGAACAGAUGGCAUCUUAUUUUGGGUACACGGUUGCAGUGUCUGACGUCAACAGUGAUGGUUUGGAUGACGUCCUGGUGGGAGCCCCCCUCUUUAUGGAGCGAGAGAUGGAGAGCGACCCCAGAGAGGUGGGACGAGUGUAUCUCUUCUUGCAGGAGGGCGUGCUCGCCUUUAGAGACGCCCAAGUGCUCACUGGCACGGAGCCGUUUGGACGAUUCGGUAGCGCCAUCAGCCACUUGGGAGACCUGGAUCAGGAUGGAUACAAUGAUAUUGCCGUCGGCGCCCCCUUUGCCGGGGAGGGCGGACGGGGCCGCGUGUUCAUCUACAACGGGCACCGGGACGGGGUCAGCGUCCGUCCGUCCCAGAUUCUGGAGGGAGCGUGGACCUCAGAGACCACCCCCUCGGGCUUCGGCUUCACCUUGAGAGGAGGUUCGGACAUAGACCACAACCGGUACCCAGAUCUAAUCGUGGGAGCGUUUGGGGCUGGAAAAGUGGUGGUUUACAGAGCCAGGCCUGUGGUGACGGUGAGUGCCCAGCUCCUGCUUCAGCCAAGAAUCAUUAACCCCGAAAACCAGAGCUGCCAGCUCCCGGGCUCGGGGACCCCCGUGGCUUGCCUGACUGUAAAAGUCUGUGGGUCCGUAGCAGGCCGAAGUCUUCCAGAUUUUGUCGCUCUGCGGGCUGAAGUCCAGCUAGACGCCUUGAAGCUGCAAGGAGCUGUGAGAAGAAUCCUCUUCCUUGAAUCCCAUCAAUCUCAGCUUAUCUUCUCUCUGAUGGUCCCCAGUGGACAGAAAUCCCCCCGGUGUCAGGACUUCACUGUUUACCUAAGGGAUGAAACGGAGUUCCGAGAUAAAUUGUCUCCGAUCCACAUCAGCCUCAACUACAGUUUGGACGAGUCCUCGCCCGCGGAAGGCCUCGCGGUGAAACCGAUUCUGAACUACUACCGGCCGACGGUGGUGAAGGAACAGGCUCACAUCCUGGUGGAGUGUGGAGAGGACAACGUGUGCAUUCCUGAUUUGAAACUUUCGGCCCGACCGGACAGGUCCCAGUUGGUCAUCGGAGACGAAAACCACCUGACGCUCAUCAUCAACCCAAGGAACCGGGGGGAAGGGGCUUACGAGGCUGAGCUCCACGUGCUGAUCCCUGAGGAGGCGGAUUAUAUUGGAAUUGAGCGGAACAACAAGGCCCUGCACAUCCUCAGCUGCGAAUACAAGAUGGAAAACGAAUCAAGAAUGGUGGCGUGCGACCUCGGGAACCCCAUGGCGGCCGGAACCAACAUCUCCCUGGGUCUCCGAUUUGCUGUCCAGCGACUGGAAAAUGCAAAUUUCAGCAUCAACUUUGACUUACACAUCAGAAGCUCCAACCAAGAUCACCCACAGAGCAAUUUCGUGAGUCUGCAAAUCAACAUCAGUGCAGCUGCCGAAGUGGAGCUAAGAGGUGUGUCCCACCCACCCCAAGUUGUUCUUCCUGUUCCGGAAUGGGAGCCCGUAGAGGAUCCCCAGGAGGAAGAGGACGUCGGUCCACUGGUUGAGCACGUAUAUGAGCUGUACAACGUCGGUCCAAGUGCCGUGAGCAGUACCGUCCUGGAGGUGGGCUGGCCGAUCUCUAACCGAGACGAGUUUCUCCUCUACGUUUUCUCUCUCCAGACCCUCGGCCCUGUGCAGUGCCAAGCAAACCCCGCAAUCAACUCGAAGCAGAUAAAGCCUGCAUUCCCCCGGGCGGACACCCCCGAGCUCAGUGCCUUUCUGCGGAACUCCACUAUCCCUCACCACGUCAGCAGGAGGGACACGGAGGGACCCCCGCUUCACCGGCAAACCCCGGCAAGAAUACUGAACUGCACAAACGUUGGGUGCUUGUACAUCUCCUGUACGAUCGGACGUCUGGAAGGCGGAGAAAGCGCGGUCCUGAAAGUCAGAUCAAGACUCUGGGCGGAAACGUUCCUCCAGAGAAAAAACGAUCCCUACUCCCUUAUGGCCAUGGUAUCCUUCGGAGUGAAGAAGAUGCCCUACAAGGUCCGGCCGGCAGAACUCGCCAAGGGGAGAAUUUCGGUGCGAACGACGGUCGUCUGGGCCACACCAAACGUCUCCUUUGCAAUCCCACUGUGGGUUAUAAUAUUGGCCAUCCUCUUAGGGCUGCUCGUUCUGGCCUUGUUGACCGUAGCACUGUGGAAGUGCGGCUUCUUCGACAGGGCCAGGCCCCCUCAGGACGAUAUGGCGGACAGAGAGCAGCUGACACACAACAAGACUACUGAUGCGUGAGAACAGCCCAGAGUCACCCCGGUCUGGUCCAAGGGCAAGACUGUCCCGAAGGCGAAGGCUGAAACAGGUUUCUUCCAACCGGCUGGCUGGGAGGACGGGGUCCCGGUGACGCCAAGGGGCUCUGAACUAUUGGGAGAAGUCUCCCCGAGGCCCAGUCUGACAGACACACCAAGGUGGGAAGAGUUUUCCGCUGGAGGAAAUUUGGACACUUUCCAGCUAGUCAGAACCUUGCGAAGUGGGCAUCACUAGAAGGUAGAACAGGAUGAAACUUUCAACCACUACUGUAUCCCAGAAUAAUCCCUACCCGCAAGGGACAGGAGCAUCCUGAUGCAGCUGAGGCUGAGAGGGGCUGGCACUUGGGAGUGGAUUCUGUGAGCGGAGGGCGCUAUUUUAUCUUUCCACCCUGGGAAAAUCAGGAUUCCCGACCACUCAUGGGUUUGGACAUUUGGAUCUGGUCUUCCGCUUUUAGGGAAUCACGGUUCCUACACACCACUUGGGCUGAAGAUCUUCCUAUUUUCCACGGAUUGCUUUGGGGAAAGGCAAUAUCUGAGAACAGGGUAAAGGUCCCGGGGUUUCGGUACUGUCUCUUCUCGUUGGCCGAUGACUCGAGUAAUAAAUGGUAUCUAUUGAGCGCUUACUGUGUGCAGAGCACUGUAUUAAGCGCUUGGGAGAGUACACUGCAACAUAGUUGGUAGACACGUUCCCUGUCCGCAAGGAGCUUACCGUCUAGAGAUUCAGACUGGCAGCUAAAACAGUGUUCCCCUUUCUUACCCGCUUACCUCCCUCCUGACAUUUCUUGCUUCUUUUCCAGGCUCCUUUCAAACCACACUCACCUCCCUCCCCGCUUCCUACCUUUUCCUUUCUGGAAUAUCAGUUAAGAGCACUCCACUGAUUUAAAGAAACCCUUCUACUUCAAUCAGUGGUAUUUAUUGAGUGUUUACCGUGUACAGAGUACAAUACAGCAGAGUUGGUGGACACAUUCCCUGCUUCUACUUGUCCUCUUGGGUUUGUUCUAUUAAUUUUUUUCAUCCCAAAAAACAUCACAGAGAAAGAUUCUGUCAUACGCUUUGGGAAAAUAGUACCGUUUUCAAUAGCUUUAGGGUGAGAAAGGCAGAGCAAUGAUAUUUAGCUUUUCGGUUAAAUAGUCCUUCCCUCCCCCACGAAGACCACUUAUUUCCUGACAAGAAACAUGUAGAGGGAGGGCAAACCAAAGAGGUAUCAAUUAUGGUGAUGAGGAUGAUGAGGAUAAUGAUUUCCAGGCCUGGGAAGAGCACAGAGGAAAAAGCAUUUCUUGAACAUGAUGGCAUUGUCUGACUCAGGCUCACAAUACCUACUUACGUACCUUCUUACAGCCACUAUAAAUCGAAUUUAAGAUGGUUUCUUCAUUUAUUCAGUAGUAUUUGUUUCUUCCCAACAAAAAAAGACAGUUCUCCUAGAAGAAAUGCUUUCACUGUAGAUUUUAGAUAGAACAAAAUGACAUAAUUCAGGAGCAUUCUGAAUCUGGCGACAGGGCAAGGCAGUUUUGGAAGAAAUGGUGGUGGACAUUUGAGUGGUGUCAGAUACACGGUGCGUCACCUCACGAGAUAGGGCAGGGAGUUCACCUCACGAUCUCUAGGAAAACCGAUGGAUUUUUAAACGUUUGUAAAUACCUUGUCACGUUGAGUACUGCCAUUGACGAACCAGAACCGACCGUCCCCAACAACUUACAUCGGCACGGAUUUGCAUUCUCUUUUGUUAUACGGAAAAGCUAGCGAAGCAAAUGAGUUUCUAGGUGCAAAACUGCCUCCACGUGAAUCUGAAGCAUGUUUUCACCGCCUUGAGAUGUUUAAAGAACUAUUCCAUCUUUGGAAUGAGCGAGCACGAUUGGCCGGGCCGGGAGAGCGCUCUGGGGUGCGCUGGGGGAGGAUGGGGUGGGGGUGGGGGCACUUGUCAGGAAGGUCGGGGUUUGAGGGGCGAGUAGAGUCUCACUCUACUGAACGGACUGGGGGCUGGGCUGACCGGCUACUCUUACUUCAUAGGACAGCAGCUGUCAGGAAUCACCGAAAAGGGAGCCGGCAGCUGCUAGUCGUUACUCCCAGCAGAAGGUUUGCUUUAAACAGAUCCUACCACCCCAGCUCAACACUAUCUUCUUCUUGGAAGUGUCUGGCGCCCAAGAGCUCCCCUUCCCCUCUUAGUCUGGGGGGCUUCUGGAAGGGGGGGGACAGUUGUGAGGGCUUGAACACGCCCGGGAGUUCAUUUGCAGCACAUGAGGCGGGAACUUCAGCUGUACCCAGUCAAUUACAUUUAUGGAGCGCUUA